GCAGGAAGCGAGUGGUGCCCGUCCAUGGUAUAAGAGUGCCACCGACGCCCGAGGGUCAACUCCAAAUCGCAUCAUGAAAGUUCUCGCUCUCCUCGCUCUCUUCGUCGGCGCCGCGCUCGGGAAGGCCACGAGAGGAAAUGCCGCUUACGCCUACGUGUACAGCGAGCCGGGGAUGAAUGGCUUCUACCAGCUUUUCAACGACUAUGCACCUGACCUUCAGAGCUUUAACUUCGACAACGUCAUCAGUAGCGUCUAUCAGACUGGCAUGUGGCUGUACUACGAGAAUGUGGAAUACAACCAGGCAUCAGGCAGAGUCUACUGGGUGCAUGGAAUCGAACUCUCCGUUGACUUCCCACAGGAAUAUUCGAAUAUGUGUUCUUCCCUCAAGUUCGUGGGGAGCCCAGAUUACAUGAAUGUCGACUCGUGGACAGUGUUCGAGGGCCCCAUCUUCACGGGCAGCGAAUAUUACGGGGAAGCAAACGCUGACAACCUGGGCACCCUCACUGAUAAGGGCUCUUCCAUUAUCUUGACGGGCACCAGUCCAUGGACCUUCUACGAUGGCAACAGCUGGACGGGGUCGAGUUUGUGUCUUUAUCCCAACACUGACCAAGACACCGGCCCCCAAGGCCAGGUCUUGAACUUCGGCAUCUACUCUGACGUGAGAGACCUCGGCAUCACCGACAACACCAUCGGCUCCGUGCGCAAGGGCUGCUGGUCCAAGAACGUGGCCCAGGUCGAGCCGCUCAAGGCCGAGUACAGGGGCAAGAAUGGUGCAUGGGGCAUCUUGGAGCCUUAGCUCGGGAAUCGUGGAACCUCAGGAGCCCAAAGCCGGACGGGCAGUGGGCGAGGUAGCUCCAACUGGACGGCUUGCAACAUUGCAUUACUUUGCAACAUCUGACUGUUGCGUGAAGGAUCUGCUUACUGCAAUAUAGAUAUUAAAAAAUAAACAAUUAUAACCGUU